AUGUAUUCUAGCCAUCUGCUAUCUGAAGCAGUAAAUGUGGAAAUGCCCUUUUCAUCUACCCUUGAGGCCAUCAUCAGCAAUGAGUAUGGCUCAUCUUUGGAUGUACUGGACAUCGAUGACGAAUGUGAUCCUAUCGCACAGGCGGUCAACAUACGCAUCAGACAUUGCAUGCAAAUCUCAUUGAAUGGCCUUCAUGAGAUUCUUGUGGAGGCGUUAGACAUGUUUUCUAAUCCCGACGGCUCUGGUGAUGGGAACCUCACUAAUAACGAUGACAUUGGUGAAUUACACCAGAAAGCCAUACAGCAACAGCAGAAGAACAGAUGUGACAUUUUGAAUAAAGCGCUCUAUGAAGCACAGUGGACCUCUAGGACCGUCUGGCGUAUCAUUCGCCUAGCUCAUGCACUCCGGAUCGAGGCACACACAGUAAUCGAGGAGUGCGAUGCAUGGGGUGACAACGAUUCUAAAGGGGAGAGAAAGGUGUAUGUCUGCCAACAGAUUAAUCACAUUGCAGACAGGGCAAGUAACAUCAUGGUGCAUAUUGCCACCAUUCUCAAGGCUCAUCAUCCUGCGUUACAACCAAAGGCAGAGGACAAAUGGGCAAAAGAUAGAGUGGUGCAGAGAGAGUCAUCUGUUAUGGCAGUUAUCAAUUUGUGUCAGAAGACACUUCAGGCAGUAGAGGAGGUUUUAACGGAUUCAUUGGACUGGUGA